AUGGCCUUGAUCAUCUCCACAGCGGAGAAGAAGCUGCAGACGUCGAUAAAGGAGAGGGAGAAGGAGUCGGACAAUCUCGCUUAUCACUAUGAUAUCCCUGGCUCGCGGUGUGGGCCUGAAGAUGGCCCGUGGCCGCGCAAGUAUGAGCGGUUGACGGAGGCGCAGAUUGACAAGGAGCUGGCGCUGCUCGCGAAGCCUCAGACGCGGUCGUUCGACGAGGAACGUGGAUGGAAAGUGGACAGCCUGAAUUUCCAGCCUUGUCCCUCGUACAGCACUCAGGACAGGUAUGUCGUGCAGGAGCUGGACAUAUGCGGACAGAAAUGGACCUUGACCGGCGUAUUCGAUGGACACCUUGGCGUUGCUACCGUCGAGCAUACCCGUCAUCACCUGCCUAUCAUCAUCCGCGACUUCCUCAGAGACGCUGCCAAGUCCAAAGGCCCAAGCUCCUUAACUCCUGAGGCCGUAUCAGAGAUCCUCUCGCGGUCCAUUCGCUCAUUCGACGACGCAAUCGCGGGGGACGUCCUGGACCUGUUCCCCGGCGGCCUGGAGUCGUUAUCAGACAUCCCCGACGCCGAGAUACGCAAGAUUAUCAACGACCAUUACCACGGCGCGUCGAAUUACAACAAGGCGCGGUUGUGUAUGUACGGGACUACCGCGCUCGUGGCGUUGGUCGACCCCGCUCACGAGAACCUCUGGGUUGCAAACCUGGGCGACUGUCAGGCAGGGACUUGGGAAACGGAACUGUUGACGGAGGUCCACAACGGGGAUAACGAGAAGGAAGUCGCGCGCGUCCGCCGCGAACACCCCGGCGAGCCCGAGUGCGUCGUCGACGGCAGAGUACUCGGCGCGAUAGCGCCGUUCAGAUGUAUCGGCGACACGCCGUUCAAGCAGCCGCCCGAGUUCACGCGGCGCAUCCUGUACAACCUCGCGCCGGGCUUCCACGACACUUCGCCCUGGGAGGAGUUCCUCGUGCGCAAUCGCACGCCGCCGUACAUCUCGUCGGAAGCCGAUGUCGUCCACCGCAAGCUCAAGCUAGGAUCUCCGUCACGUUCCUCUCGUGACCACGUAUACUUGGUCCUGUGCUCGGAUGGACUGACAGACCUCUGCGAUGGCCAUGUGGCGGAGCAUGUCGCGGAUGUCUGGAGACGGGAGUUCACGAGUGGAGGACCAGGUAAUGAUAAUUUGGCACUGCGGCUGCUGAGGGCUGCCAUCGGUGAUAACGAUACGCGGAAGGUCUCGAAGGUGCUCACGCUUGAUAUGGACUCCCCUUGGAUUGACGAUACUUCAAUCAUUGUGCAGUCGCUGUGAAUAUUGGACCCUGCUUUCUUGUUGCUAUUGAAGUUGGUAUGCUAGCUUACUGUCCGUUCAUAAUUAUCUGUACUGCAGGGCUAUGCUAUGGGUGUCAGUGUCAAGUGUACCAG